GGUGGCUCAUAAUCAGGCAUGGCUUGCAUAAUGCACAUUUGUUUGCCAACAAUCACAUUGACGUGAAAUUUGUCUUUCGUAUUGUUAAUUUUUUAAAAAUCAUUUAGUGUUUGUUUCAGUACUUAAGGGAACAAAGAACUGAUGUUUUAUGGAUUAGACAGUUGUUAUAUAUAGUAAAAUGUUGCAGUUUUUGAUAUUAAUAUUUUUUAUUGUUGGCACAGGACUAGCCCAUUUGCAAUCUCUGAACCCAGUAGAGCCAUUUGACGUAUACUUUGAAGUUCCCCUAAAGAACACGCAUUACAGCGGGCUUGAAGUUGAAAAAUCUAAGAACAUGUCUUGUGGAAACCUUGGCAUUGACGAAUCAUGCAUUGUGAUAAAUUCAAAUGUCGAUUAUGUAGUGAUUUUUUUGUAUCAAAGUAUGGAAUGUGAAAAUUGUUCUAUGUUAGCCCUUAAACCAUUGUUACCUCAUCAUUCUCAACAACUUACUUUAAAGCUUGCAUCGUUUGGCACAAUCUGGAAAGUUCAAGAUGAACAUAAUAAAACUAUAUGUGGUUUGAGUAGGAAUUAUUUAGGUGAAAAAGCUUGGUAUCAUGUUGAUGUUAAUCAAACUGGAUGCUUUCUUAUUUGUGAUAAAGAAGCAGAAGUUACUUAUUAUCCUAUGAUCAUUGCUUUGUCAUUUUAUGGAUUGCUUUUCAUCUUAUAUGCUCUAGGCGGACUUGUAUACAGAUCUGCUUUCUUUAAUGCUUUAUUCCGCCGUAAUUCUUUGGAUGUAAGUACUGACUUAGCUGCUGCAUUUUCUGCCAGCUCAACUAUUGAUGAUAAAAAACCAAAAUCUACUAAGCAGAGAUUAAGGUCAUUGGAUACAGUGAGAGGCAUCUCUGUUGUUAUCAUGAUUUUUGUGAAUUAUGGUGGUGGCAAAUAUACAUAUUUUCAUCAUGCUCGCUGGAAUGGUUUAACAGUUGCAGAUUUAGUUUUCCCUUGGUUUAUUUGGAUGAUGGGCAUGUCAAUGGCCUUUUCUUUGAAAUCUCAGUUAAGAAAGAUUGUGUCAAAGAAGAAGAUAUUUUACAAAAUCGUUAAGCGCUCUGUGAAAUUGUUUAUACUUGGGGUGAUGUUGAACACAAUUUGCUUAAAUGUGAAUUUGCACGAACUUAGAAUUCUAGGAGUGUUGCAGAGAUUUGGAGUUUGCUAUUUUGUUGUAGCAACUGUACAUUUGUUUUAUGCAUCUGCAGAUGACACGGGCCAUUCUAAUUCUCCCUUCAGGGAUAUUAUUUCUUAUAGUGGUGAAUGGUUGAUUAUGUUGGCAUUUUUAACUACACAUAUUCUUCUCAUGUAUCUUGUCCAUGAACCUGAUUGUCCAGAGGGUUAUUUUGGACCUGGUGGCUUGCAUGACCAGGGGGCAUAUUUUAAUUGCACAGGUGGAGCUGCUGGCUAUAUUGACAGACUUCUAUUGGGACCUUCUCAUUUGUACCAACAUCCAAGUUUAAGAAUUAUCUAUGGUGGCACCCAACCUUAUGAUCCUGAAGGUAUACUUGGAUAUUUCACUUCUAUUUUCUUAGUUUUCUUAGGAUUACAGGCUGGAAAAAUUUUACUAAUGUUCAAAGAGCCUAAAGCUCGCCUUAUCCGUUGGAUGACCUGGGCCAUUCUUACUGGUUGCAUUGCUGGUAUUUUGUGUUGCUUUUCCAAAAAUGAUGGAUGGAUUCCAGUCAACAAAAAUUUAUGGUCCGUUUCUUUCAUUCUUGCAACUUCUAGUUUAGCUUUUGUAUUGCUCUCAAUAUGCUAUGCUGUAAAUGAUGUCUAUAAGCUUUGGAGUGGGGGACCUUUUUAUCAUGCAGGUAUGAAUUCUAUAAUGUUAUAUGUUGGACAUGAGCUCACUCACAAUAUGUUUCCAUGGAGAUGGCAAGUGCAUUCUACACAUCUGAAUGAACUCUUUAUAAACCUGUGGGGAACUACAUUGUGGGUUAUCAUAGCUGUAUGGAUGCACCGCAAAAAUGUUUUUAUCACUGUUUGAAAUGAUAUAUACUGAAAUAUUCUUCAAUGUUUACAAGAGGAAAAUAUAAAGAAAUGCCUGUAUAUAUUCUUUCCAAAGUGCCAAUAAAAUUUAGUUAUUCACUGUA